AUGGCGUCUGAAUCAGUGGACCUGAAGGACGGGAGGGCAACGUUGAAUUCUUCAGAGUCAAAUCUGCCGAAGCCAGGCAGCCUCAUCCGGGCGAACACCGGAGAGUUUCGAGUCAGCGAGAAGUUAAUGGAGGCCGCAGUUGGCAACCAGUACAAAGGCCUGGAAGUGCUGCAGACUCUCCUCAAACAUAAGGGCCACAUCACCAUCACAGACAGGAUCUUGGAGACGGCAGCAGCGAACAUGAAUCAAGGCCCAGAGAUUGUGACGCUGCUGUUGAAGGACCAAUCUUUCCGGAUCAGCGACGAGAUCAUGAAAGCGGCUGCUGAAAAUGAGUACCGGGGUCCGGAGGUCAUGGAAGCGCUUCUGGAGCAUGCGCAAGCCAAUAAAGACUUAACGAUAAGCGAAGAAAUCAUGAAAUAUGCGGCGGAGAAUAUCGAAAAGGGUCCCGAAAUCAUGAAAGUGCUUUUGACAUAUGGGAAAAAGAUUGACCUGCAGCUCAGUGACAGUGUCUUUGAGGCUGCGGCAUCGAAUGAGGAAAGAGGACCGGAGUUGAUUGAAGUGCUGUUGGAAUAUAUGGAAGAUCUGGAGGUCAAGGAAUGA